AUGACAGAACAAGGAAAAGAUUUAUUCCGAGAUACAUGGGUGCGAUAUUUAGGAUAUGCCAAUGAAGUCGGAGAGUCGUUUCGUGCACUUGUGCCCGUGAAGCUGGUACGUGCGAGCUAUGGCCUGGCAUUCGCCUACGUGCUCGCUGACACUGGAGAUAAGAGUUUGAAAAUGUAUAAGAAAGACAACCGGGCCAGAAAUAUCCUCUUAGAAACGGGAGAUGCCCUUAUAUGGCAGACAUUAGCAUCGGUCGCUAUUCCAGGCUUUGUUAUAAACAGGAUAUGCAAGUAUACUGGGCAAUAUUUAAAGAAUAAUGUAACGAAAAUCCCGCCAACUCCAAGGAGCGUGAUAACUGUAGCAGUAGGUCUCGCCUCUAUUCCUAUAAUCGUGGGACCCAUAGACUUAAGCGUGACAGUACUCAUGAAUCUGACAUACAGACGAUGGAUGAAAUCUUAG